AUGGGUCGUGAUGUUGUUGCUUGCAUUUUCAAGGUUAGGCAGAAAUGGUCGGGUCACUUUGUGGAUUCAGAUGGGGCGUCAGGUGAUUUGGGCAUUUUGUGGAAUCCUUUGGCUGUUCAUGUGGAAGUUGUGUCAAGCUCUAAGUAUUGGCAAAUGGUUAAGGUGAUCUCGAAGACUAUGAAUUUCUCUUGCUUUCUUGUUAAUGUCUAUGGGCCGACUCUGGUUAUAGAGAAGUGUAAAUUAUGGGAGGAUGUCUCCAGGAGCCUUGAGGAAGUGAGGCCCCUUUUAGCCAUCAUGGCUAGAGAUUUCAAUGCCACCCUCUCUUCUUCUGAGAAGCAUGGAGGGGUGAGGAGAUUGAGUCGUUCACAUCUGGAUUUCCAAUCCUUUGUUAAUGACAAUGUUUUUCUAGAAGUGGUUGCUAAAGGAGGGGAUUUCACUUGGACUAAUAGGCACAGAGGUAUUUCCAAUAUUGCUGAGAAAUUGGAUAGAUUCUUCCUUGCAAGAGAUUGGAGUGUUGCCUCUAUUGUUUUUGAGGCUAAGGUACUUGCCAUCUCAAGGGAGGUGUUUGGUAAUAUUUUUGAUGAGAAGAGAAGACUCGAAAGUGAACUGGGGGCCUUGAAUGCUAAAGUCAUGGCAGAUGGUAUGGAUGAAGUGGAUUCCCUAACGGAGAAAGACCUUCUUAGUAGGUAUGGAGAAUUUUUGCAAUCAGAGGAGAUCUAUUGGAAACAGAAGUCGUGGGUUAAUUGGUUGAGAGAGGGUGACAUAAAUACAAAAUUAUUUCAUAGUUCGGUGAAAGCAAGGCGAAGUCUUAACAGAAUUCUUUCUUUGAGGCUUGAGGAUAGUUCAAUUAUUGAAGACCCAGAUAGUAUAGUUUCAAGGGAGGACAACUCCAUGCUAGAGGAGCCUGUUUCUCUAAAGGAAGUUAAAGUCGUGGUGUUUGGGUUGGGUGGGGAGAAGGCACCAGGCCUAGAUGGGUUUCAAGCAUUCUUUUUCCAAUCCUUCUGGGAGGUGCUUGGAGAGGAGUUGCUUGCUAUGGUUGAAGAGUCUAGAUCCAGAGGCUUUGUUUUGAAGGAAUUCAACUGUACGAUGGUGGUGCUCAUUCCUAAAAAGGCCAAGCCGGCUGGGAUGGAGGAGUUUCAUCCUAUUUCAUUGUGCAAUACCAUCUAA